AUGCCUGACAGAUCUGUGGCGCUUCUUGACCGAGCUCGCCUCCCGAAUGACAAGACAGUGUCCGAUAUCCUUCAGGAUGACAAAGUUGUAGGAUGGUCUUAUAAAGGAGAGCAGUACUACAUGGGGCUUUUACUGAAAAACUUUCAUCGCGACAGCCUAGAGCUAGUCGCCUCCCCUCAUGCUAACAAUAUUCGACUACAUCUGCAAUAUGGGUGGGAUGUAGCUUUCUUCAAGAAAACUCUGGUGGCCUUUUCACUCCAAUUCCUGCGUGCAGGUGACUCAGCCAGGCCUAUCACAGGAGAAGUCCAUUCAGAAAUUGGCACCGUUGUCUCAACAGACCAUGCAUCUGGCUCCACAUGCUUAGAGUUCACCCUGGAUGAACACCGACAAGAACUGGAAUUUCGACUCCAGGACAUCGAGCAUGUCUUUUGGGUCAGCGACACAGUUCGAGUCGUAGCGGGCGCUUACACAGGUCUGGAAGGGUAUAUCGUUAAAAAGUCUGAGGACUUGUUUCACGUGUGUCAAGAGGCUACCAAUGAAGAGGCUGGAGGCAAUAUCAAGGACCAGCUGAUCAACGUACCUGCAGCCCUUGUACGGCAGAUUCAUUCCCCCAAGACUCUCCAAUUUACCAAGGAAAAGGGUUACAAUGUUAAGCCCGGAGACGUUGUGACUGUUGCCCAUGGGCCAGAGUUCCAGACAAAAGGGGUUGUGCAAACUGUGGACUUUCCAAACGCACACCUGACUCUGAUAUCCGAGGGCAAUUACUCACUCGUCAACGUCCCUAUCAAAUUUGUCAUGAAAGUAUCGAAUGCGAACCUGGAUUCAUUCAACAACAUCAUUGGGCAAGAAGUCUUCAUUAUUGGAGGUUCACGAAAAGGUUAUCGAGCCAUACCAACUUUCUCAGGAUACUUGCUCCAUUUUGGUGCAUGGGCAAGCACGUAUCACAGUCAAACACGAGGAGGUUGUUACUAG